AUGGCCGACUUGACAAGCCAACAGCCCGACAGGUCAACGGUCACCCCUACCCCAGCUGCCGAAUUAGACGCGGCACAGCUGGGAGGACAGUCGUCGUCCCCGCAGAACCCGGCUCUCUCACAGCAAGCGCCGAUCGAGGUUGACCCUGACGAAGUCAAUUCCAACCUUGGCGAUGAGGUCUCCAACGCCAGCACGUCUCUCCAUUCCAGCGUCAUGCACUACGAGUUUCGCCACGGCCGUCGAUACCAUGCUUACCAGUCGGGACAUUACAACUUUCCUAACGACGAGCAGGAGCAAGACAGGCUCGACAUGGUGCACCACGUCUUCUUCCGCUUGAUCAACGACAACCUGUUCCUGGCACCGAUUGAUCCGACAGGCUUGCGCAUUCUCGACAUUGGCACGGGCACGGGCAUCUGGCCCAUCCAUCUCGGCGACCUCUACCCCGGCGCCGAGCUCAUUGUCGGCAACGACCUCAGUCCCAUCCAGCCGGAAUGGACCCCGCCCAACGUCAAGUUCAACGUCGACGACGUCGAGCUCGACUGGGUCGAGCCACAGCCUUACGACUACAUCCACUGCCGGUACAUGGCUGGCGCCAUCAAGGACUGGCCCCGCCUCGUGCGGCAGAUCUACCAGAACCUCAAACCGGGCGGCUGGGUCGAGUUUCAGGAGUCGGCCAACACGCUCCUCUCCGAAGACGGUUCGCUCCAGCCCGACAACCCGAUGCUCACCAUGAUGAACGGGCUCAUGGAGGCGUGCGACAAGAUCGGCCGGACCAUGGACCCCGCGCCAUCCAUGAAGCAGUGGACGCUCGACGUUGGGUUUGAAAACGUCCAGCAGCAGAGCUUUAAGCUGCCGAUCGGCAGCUGGCCCAAGGAUCCGCGACUGAAGGAGUGCGGCACGCUCAUGGGCAGCAACUUUGUCGAGGGCGUCGAGGGCUUCACGGCCGCGCUCUUUAGGGACGUGUUGGGGUGGCGGCAGGAGGAAGUGACGGUGCUGAACGCCGGCGUCAGGGCUGCUGCGAGGGACAGGACGGUGCAUCCCUUGUUCAAUGUGUUGGUCGUCACGGGCCAGAAGCCGCUGUGA